AUGGCCAGCUCCCCCUCGCCAGCCCAGCAGCCCACAACGGCAUCUCCCGCCCCACUUGAUCAGUUUGUCAGCAUCGUGUCAUCUCUCAAUGAACAUUUACUCGACAAUCAACCGCCAAAGUCGCGCCUGUUGCCCAGCUGGAAGCGCCGCACCACCCGCUUCGUCAAUAGCAUCAAACCACUUCGAGUCUUUCUCUCAGCUGAUGACGCACGCUACGGCCUCGCGCGUGCUGUCAUCCUUCGCUAUGUUGCCUCUCAAAUUCACACUCGCUUGCGGCAGCGCCUGGCCACGAGCAACUUCUUCAACGACCGUGUCCUGGGCUAUCGUCUAACCCUCCUCCUUGAGCUGUUGUCACGUGUGGACAACCAGGAUGGCAUUCUGGCCACCAUUGCCGCCGCCCACCCCGACCUCCUGCUGAUGGCCCUUCAAGCUGCCCAUCGCAUCAGCUGUGGUGCCCAGGGUACCAACUCACCCCUUCUUCAGUGGCUGGUCUUGCUUCUCGGCACACCCGCCUACUUUGAAGCCCUUCUCACUUCUGAGCAGCUUGGCCAGGCUUUUUGCCUCAUCCUCCUCACCAUCAACUCCCAGCCCAACAUGGGCCGAUACUAUCCGCAGCUUGCUGCCUCUCUGCUGCAGAUGGCCCACUACAAUCGCGGCCUUCGGGCCAAAAUCACCUUCAUUCUCCGCCUCAUGCCCAGUGAGACGGCUCGUCAAAGUACUCUGGAACGGGCCUUGCUGAAAGCCCUCUCCCUGCCCUCUGAGGCCAUAAACGUCUGCCGUCAGUGUGGUCAAGACCUCAAUGCCGCCCUUGCCGGUCGCAUUCUUCUGGAUGAACUCGCCCUCGCCGCCUCCCCCACCACCCAUGACAUCCUCGAACUCCCCGCCAAUCUACUUGCACAUAGCCCCCUCGUUCGAAUCGACCUUGGUCUCGCUCAGAAACAGCGCCCCCGCCCUCGCCAAGAACCUGCUCCGGUAACCCGACCUGGCCCACAUCAGCAAGUGUCAACGACCAAAUCACGCUCAUCCUCUGCCCAGCCAAGCCCGAGCCCUGCCUCCCAUCGCAAUAUCAGCAUCGAUGAACCGUCUUCAGAGAGUACCACGGCCACAGACAUGCUUGAUCUUUGCCUCACCGCCGAAGCUCACCCCAAUGCUACCAUAGCUACCGACCACGGCCUUCUUGACGAAAUGCCAGUGGCGCCGACCAUGCUUGUUCCCGGAACAGAAGCAUCUAUCCGAGCAGACAACGUGCCCAACCCCAUGACAUCAACCGAUGCUGUGGCUGCCGCACCGCCCUUUUCCUCACAAUCCACCCAAACCUCAUCCCGAGCACCGAUGGGCACACAGCGGAGCACCGAGCUCCCAAAGGCAAAUACAAGCCCUUCUCGACCCAAGCCAUCCCGCUUACCAAGUGCUGAUACAGACCUCGACUCGCCACAACCCGUGCCUUCAUGGACAGCUAACCCUAGCGCUGCCGCCACACCCCUCAACGAGGACAUUUUAUACGCCACGACGCCCCCCUCCGUUGCCUCCUCGACGCAGUACUCGCCUGCCGUCUCCCACGUUAGCCUGCAGACGUACGAAGCCAUGAGUCCCCAAGCGCCAGGGUCCGUUACGUUCCCACCAACCUUUCCCCCACGUGCCCGUGGAAGCUUCGUUCCCGUACAUCAUCUGCAGGCGGUGGCAAGCCCCCAAGCAAUGCCUUCGGGGCCCCCGGAAGCCUUGCCCUUGCAAGCAGGUGUCAGGACCAAGGGCCCAGCCACGUUUCCUCCCACCAGCCACCACCAUCAUCACCAGCCAUCAGAGCACUUUUUCCCCAACCAGCAAAAACUGCAUUCGCCUCUGCCCCCGACGCUUGCCGUCGGCGAGCGCCCCCGCUACUUCCCCGAUGGUAGCACGCUGGCAUCUUCGCUCUCAAACCACAAGACCAACGUAUUGGCAAACGCGGCAGCUUUGGGGCUAUCGGCAAGUCAUGAACCGACCCCCAAGCACGCUCGCUUAGAGGUGAUUCGCCGAACGUCCCACCCAAGCCUCCCCAAUCAAUCUUGA